UUAUACGUUGGGUCGACGAAUCUACGAGUUGCAGCAAGUGAGUUGAAACGAUACGAAACAUUCGCAUUAUACAGUGCACCUACUGAUUUUUUGAGUAAUUUGAUAAACGAUUCGCUGUACAAAUAUUGAUUCCAUUAAGAUCGGCAACGCUGCAUGAAUUAUGUGGGUAUAAACGGUCUUCAACCCAACUAUGCAACACUUGUGUCCAAUCGUGAUAACAUGGUUGUAAUAAAUCGCUCGACACACGACAAACCUGUAUGUAUAGAUGAAAUUGGGCUGACGUUAUAUAAAGACGAGACAGAAGCUGCAAGCGCUUAGUGAAUACGGUACAUUCUGCAUAUUCAGCACACAUUCAACACAGAAAACAAUGUAACUCUGAUAUUUCCGACAUUAGGUAUUUCAUUCGGAAUUUCUCGUGCGUAAUUGAACUAAAUGCGAAAGCUGAUCUUUUGCUCGAAUGGUUCUUCCAUUGUCUUGUUAAAAUAAAAAUUUCAUCGAAUAAUACAAACAGAAGCUAGCGAGCAUCGAGUUGAUACAUCGGUACAGUGCGUGAAGUCAUUUACACCAUAAUUUUUGCUCCAACAACUGAACUUCGUUCAUACCGUCAUUUAUGUAAUAAAAGAAAUCACGUUCCUGUGUUGACGAUCAAAUUUCAAAACAUUCGGAGUCUUUAACGACAGCGAACCAAGAGCGGAGCGGGUGUUUUCGGUCACUAGCUAUGGCGAUAGAAUGCCCGGUUUGGCUUGACGCGUGUUACGUGCAAAAGAUCUUACGGAAUGCUGAACAAGACGAAUCCAUCGAGGUUUCCGGGAUAACCGUAAAGCCAGCCACGGUCAAGGGUGACAAUUAUUCGAGCAUCAUGCAUCGCAUCGGCGUAGUAUUUUCUCGAAUUCAGAAAGGACACAAGGUCACGAAGACGACGUCGCUUAUAGCAAAAGUUCUACCCGAGAGCACACCCGAGGACGAGGAUAUGUAUGUUGGAUUUUUUGACGUGGAAAUGUCAAUGAUGUCGGAAACUUUGCCGCUGAUGAACAAGUCUUUAGCGCAUCUCGGUAUGAGCACGUCGCUAUCUGCAAAAUGUCUCUACGCCCAACACGAAGAUCCCACACAUCUGAUCAUCGAAGACCUGACAACCGCAGGCUUUCAAAUGGCCGAACGCGAAGCAGGUUUAGAUUUGAACCACUGCUUGGUCGCGAUUCGGAAUCUAGGUGCUUUUCACGCGAGCUCGAUAGCUCUCGCGGAAAAGGAACCCACGGCAGUGAAAAAGUACACCAGAGGAAUGUUCCACAAAGAUCACAGUUUGACAUUAGUUGACUUUUUCAAGUCAGGGACCAAGACCCUUGCGAAACAGACGGCGACAUGGCCAGAACUAAGUCCGGGGAUUUCUGAAAAAAUCUCGAAGCUCUCCGAUGUUAUCUAUGAAAAAGCAUGCGAAGUGACUCGCAUUAAAGAGGAUGACUUCAACGUCCUCAAUCACGCAGAUUUCUGGAUAAAUAAUAUGCUAUUCCGCUAUGACGACCAUCAGAAACCCAUUGACUAUAAAUUUGUGGACUUUCAAACUUGUCACUACGGCUCUCCAGCAGUAGACCUGCUCUACUUUUUUGGCACAAGUCCUAGUAUUGACGUGCUAAUGCAGCACCGAGAAUUUAUUACACGCGAGUAUUUAGUCACACUGACCGAUAUUAUGGCUAAACUUGAAUGCAGCACGAAACCGCCGAGUUUUGACGAUAUGCAGGACAUAUUACGGAAGAACGCUUUCUACGAGGUGAUCGCGUCCUUUACAAUAUUGCCACUUGUACUGAUCGACAAGAGCGAAGCAAAAUGCAUCGACGAAAUAUUAUAUUCCGAUGAGAAAUUUGAAAACCCGGCUUACCAGGGAGAGUCGUACCGGAAAGUGAUGACCAGACGUCUACCACUCUACGACAGCACGGGACUUCUUGAUUUAUAACUGUGAAAUUCUAAGGAUAUGUUGCAUGGCAUUACCGUUAAUUGGAGAACUUCUUUGUUGCCUUUGAAUUCCAUUGUAUACUAAAGUUUUAUUGA